AUGGGCCUUCAGAGAGGCUCAUGGGAGAUCUACAUGUGCAGUAAGCAGGCGCUGCGGAGGCGCGGGGACUCGCGGCGCCGCCAGGCCGCGCUCUUCUUCCUCAACAACAUCUCCCUGGACGGGCGGCCCUCCAGCCUGGGCCCGGGUGGAGAGAAGCCCCCGCCGCCGCCCGCCGAGGCCCGCGCGCCCGCCCGCUCGCCAGGCCCCCGCGCCCCGGGCCUGCUCAGACCCACGCAGGCGCCCGCCGGCCUCGGCCUGGACGGGCAGCGCCAGAGGAGGCGAGUCACCUCCCAGCGCUGCUCCCUCGAGUUUCUGGAAGAUGCGGUGGGAUGCGCCUCAGUACAGAGAACCAAACACACCUCCGGAUCCCCAAGACACAAAGGCCUGAAGAAGACGCACUUCAUCAAGAACAUGCGGCAGUACGACACCAGGAACAGCAGGAUCGUGCUCAUCUGCGCCAAGCGAUCGCUGUGUGCGGCCUUCUCAGUCCUGCCCUAUGGAGAGGGCCUGCGGAUCAGCGACCUGAGGCUGGACGUCCAGAAGCAGCGGCACCCGUCCGGCGGCACUUCCGUUUCCCCCGAGAUGGUCUUUGAGUUGGAAGGCGUUGAGCUGGGAGCGGAUGGCAAGGUCGUGUCUUACGCAAAGUUCCUGUACCCGACCAACGCCCUGGUUGCACACAAGAGUGACGGCCACGGACCACCGCCCCCCCCUCGGCCCAGCGUCUCCUGGGCUCUGCCGGGCUCCAGACACAAACCUGUCCCCGCCAAGUCGGCGCCAGCAGGCACAGAGCUAGGGAGCGAUGUGGGGGAUGCCCCGGAGUACAACCCCGACCUCCUGGACGACCCGCAGUGGCCCUGCGGCAAGCACAAGCGGGUCCUUAUCUUCGCGUCGUACAUGACCACGGUGAUAGAAUACGUGAAGCCCUCAGACCUCAAGAAGGACAUGAACGAGACCUUCAGAGAGAAGUUCCCGCACAUCAAACUGACGCUGAGCAAGAUCAGGAGUUUAAAGCGGGAGAUGCGGAACCUCUCCGAGGAGUGCAGCCUGGAGCCCGUGACGUGUCAAUGGGUGUCAAUGGCCUACGUGUACUUCGAGAAGCUGGUCCUGCAGGGCAAGCUGCACAAGCAGAACCGCAAGCUGUGCGCCGGGGCCUGCGUGCUGCUGGCCGCCAAGAUCAGCAGCGACCUCCGCAGGAAUGAAGUGAAGCAGCUCAUCGACAAGUUAGAGGAAAGAUUUCGAUUCAACAGGCGAGACCUGAUUGGGUUUGAGUUCACAGUGCUCGUGGCUUUGGAACUUGCCCUGUACCUUCCCGAGAACCAAGUGUUACCUCAUUACCGACGCCUCACCCAGCAGUCCUAGCCCAGGCCCAGUGGGGGGGUUCCCAUGCGCGAGGCCGCAUCUGCUGGCCCCAGAGGUGACCCGGGCACUGAAGCCCCCAAGUGUCACCAGCCUUUUCUGCACCCGCCCAGCAGGGACACGCCUGCCCUCCGGCUGGUACAGCUCUUGUUUCUUUGCACUGUUUCCUUGGAAAGGGUCACUGCUUUCAUUCCAAAGUGCAACACGCCUCUGAGAGUCUCUCUCAGAAUAUUCCUGGAGUUUUACAUGAACUAAAUGUGCAGUUUUGUCACUGUUCCUUUUUUUCCAUGUGCCCAAGACCAGUCUGGCACCAGGGCCUCCAGUUUACAUCCCGACUUUGCAGGACUUGUGUCCCCCGGGCCUUCUGCCAAACCUUCGCAGCCCCCGGACUAGCACCAAGGGGAGGUCUGGGUUUCUGGACCUCACUGAACACGCUGAAAUUGCUGUUUAACUUAAGCAUUCAUCGUGGGUAUUCUGAUUGUUCAAACAAAGAGAUGCAGCACCACAGACUCCCCGACAGCCACCACGCUGCUGGCCCUGCCCCCUCAAGCAAAGCCACUGCAGAGCUUUCUCCACCUGCCUUGCCCAUGUCGGCAGGUAGAGCUUUUGGUGUCAGGCUUGUUCUGAUCUCAUUUUGGACUCUCGGACCUCUGCUGAAGCAUCACGUCACUGUGAAAUCCUGAUGCCCUGUGUGGUACACCGGGAGGGCUCAGCCGACCCUCACCUGUGCCAGGGAAACCCAUUACCUGUGACACUCUGGGCCUUCAGGACAACUGCUGAUUGCUGGUUCUAGACUCUUGAUUUUCCUAAGCAAUAUUGUGUCGGAGAAAAAUAACGUAUUUAUUAUAAUUUAGGAUUUGGUUUUGAGGGCCUUCUUUUUUUUAAGGUUAACAAAAACUGGUUAAAUGAGGUCUGAAGCUGACUUGAAAAAACACUUGACCCUCCACUGAGAGGCCGCUGACCCCUCACACCCUCCAUUGGUCAGUGUCAGGACCUCUCUCCCUAGGCAGGAAGUGGAUGCUGCUCUACCAGCUCAGCCAGGGCAGCCCACUGAGCCAAGCAGAGGUCGCUGUCACUGCGGUGCAGGUCUGUGGCCACAGCUCUGUAGGACCCCUCUUCAGCUCCCCCAGGUUUGUCUCAAGUCCUUGCACAGUGAGUUUUGCACGGUCCAGUUCUCCAGCUAGCUCCCCUGCCAGAAACUCUGAAUAACCAAGGACUUUUGAGUUUUCCUUCAUAGCUCAGCUGGUCUCAAAAAUGGCCACCAAGCCAUCUUUCCUGUUAUCUUACCAACCUGCCUGUCACUGGGCCAGGGAGGGGGGCUCUGGGGUGACCCCCACCUCUACCCCAUCAAUACCUUACACUGUUUGUGUGGACUGGUGCUUCUGUGGAAAGGAUGACAGUUCUGCUCCUCGCAGAACUCAGGCCACCAGCAGCUCCACCAGAUAGCUCCCAGUAGAGGUACCAGACAGCUGCCUGCCCACCCAGCCCUCUCUUCCCAUUGCUGUAGCCACUCGCUGGGACCCUGAGAACUAGUAUCUUACAAGGGACCGGUGCCUGAGAAGACUGCAGGAUGGGUACAGGCUCUCUUCUAAUAAGCACCCUGUCCUCAGGCCAAGGAUCCCCUUAAACCCAAGGUGCACCCAGGAGGAAAGGACGUGACUGGGCAGCUGCUAUGCCAGGUAGAAUGCUGGGCCUAAGCCCCAGGCAACUUUCCUCUGAAAAGCAACCUCUCCUGCCACCAAGAUACUACCUGGAGGGCACCUGCAUGGCAUGAACACCAUAAGGGACUGACUCCUAAAAUACUCAUUCAGGUUUACAACCUACCUUUAAGGGACACAUCUCCAUGGGACUUUCUAUACAGACAAUAACAAGAAAGGGGCCAAUAAGCACAGUAAUUUAAGUUUGUAGAUUUAUGUAGCGAGGUUAAGUCGUUUUACCAACCAGUCUGUUUGAAGCCCUCCCCUUCAGUUAUGUCCUUUUUAAAGCUGCCACUGGAUGGUAUUCAAAAAUUACUGCAACAAAGCCAAGAGUUAAACCAAACAAAGCCUGAGCCUGUCACCCUCUAGAACAAUGGCAGGUAUCUGAGCUGUGUCAAAGGUGUUCAGCUGGGCUACGACCAAAUGAAACCAAACCUGGUGCCACUUCCUCAGCACCUGGUGGCAGUCAUGGAUGUAAAUGUGUGAAGUGAACAUCUGACCUCAGAAUGUUUGUCAUGGAUGUUUUUAAAUGGAUAAUGUAUUUGUGUUUUAAAGUAAACCCUGGUUUUGCAACAUAAAAAAAAA